AUGACGAACAUUAACUACUUACCUGAAUUAGAAAGUUCCUACUCUGCUUUGUCAAGCGAACAAAUCGAGAUUUUAAGGCAGCAGGUGCUUAAUGAGGGCGGUGAGAUAGCAUCCGUACAAUCGAGGUUCAACUACGCAUGGGGUCUCGUCAGAUCAGUAGAAAAAGAGGACCAGAUGCUUGGGGUGAAGUUGCUAACUGAUAUAUACAAGGAAUCUCCGAUGAGAAGACGAGAAUGCCUAUACUACCUUACGAUCGGAUGUUACAAAUUGGGCGAAUAUUCCACAGCGAAAAGGUACGUUGAUGUGCUAGUGAGCCACGAGCCAGAGAACCAGCAGGCACGUGUGCUACAGACUGCAGUUGAGGAUAAGAUCAAUCGCCAGGGCUUGAAGGGAAUUGCAAUGGUCAGUGCGGGAAUUGCCAUUGGUGCCACUACGAUAGGUCUUCUCUUCAGAAACAGGAAACGUUGA